CAAUCCUUCCAGCUUCAUAUCGAGGAUCCAGCAGGCAGUUGCACAACAAGAUUGGAAGGACAGCAAAUCUUCGAAAGCUUUUCAUAUUGUGAGCAGGUUCUUCUUUGAGUUCGACAAAACGUCUUGAACAUGGCUAAACUUUUCUUGUACAUGGCACUCGCUGCUAUCUUAGUGCUUGUUUCAAGCAUCCCCGAUUGCACGGACGAUCCAAACGGGACCAUCUACAGGGGAGAGUUGGCCCAGACAUUUUCCGGUAAAACAUGCCAAUCCUGGAACUCACAGACCCCACAGGGGCAUUCCCGGACACCCGCCAACUACCCUAAUGCGGGCCUUGGAGAUCACAACUACUGCAGAAACCCCGACGGUGCAUUCACCGCUUGGUGUUACACCACCGAUCCUGAUACCCGAUGGGAGUAUUGUACCAUUGGUGAUUUCAGCCCCGAAUGCACGAAUCCCGAAUGCUACCACCAAUCCCCUGGCGCUGACUACCGAGGAGAAGUCUCGACUACCCGGAACGGUCGUGAGUGCCAAAACUGGACCUCCCAGUCGCCCCAUGGUCACAGCCGCACGCCAGAUAACUACCCUACCUCUGGUCUCGGGGACCACAACCUCUGCCGCAACCCCGAUGGCGAGGAAUUCGCCUGGUGCUACACAACCGACCCCAGUGUCCGUUGGGAGUUCUGCAACAUCGGAUUGCCCGAAGAGGGUUGCUAAAUGGCGUUUCAAAGAGUCUUCCUAAAAUGAGCGGAGGGGAGGGGGUGUCUCUGGUAUCUUGUCAUGUUU